AAUUUUCUGUAUCGUCCAGAAACAUGCCUGGGAAAUGUUCACACGGUAGUAAACAAAGGUUGAAAAUGAAGGACAACGCUCUCAACACCUCUUAUAAAGUUUUUUUUAAGUCCUCUAAAUUUGAUAUUAUUUUGCAAUCUUACAAAUAUUCACUCUGUAAUAAUAUAUUUUAUGCGGAAAGACUCUAUUUUUACAACAUUCCAUGAACUAACAUAUCUAUUGCAUCAUAUUUGCUUUUCCUAUUACUCAGUAAAAUUUUACUUUCGGUUUGCAUUUACCUUCCCGCUUUAGUUUCGUUCAUUUUACAUUGAGGAAGCUUUCUCCUUAAACAUUAUAUUCACGGUCAUAUUGCGCUUUCACCAAAUCGUUUUUAUGAAAUCAAUGCAAUUGUAAACGUCCAAUUUCUCCAGAGCAAAAUGAGAGGGUACAUCAUAUGCUUCCUGAUCUUCCUUGACCUUCCUUACACGUCUUCUGCUGAAAAAAGUUAUACGGAAUCACAGCUCAUGAAAUACAGGUCAAGGGACCAUGCUUGGGAAAACUUCUUUAUGAGCUGGGAAACGUGCUCGCACAUUGACGACUUCAAGAAAAAAUUAGCCUAUAGUCAUAUGAUAAUUAUGGACGCUAUGGAUAAAGUUUGGGAUGAACCAUAUAUAAAACGCCUGCUACUGUUUCCGAUUUACCACUUCAAACAAUAUGAAACAAACACAUUUAAAAAGGCUAUGGGUUGUUUUCAGAAUACCUUUGCAGAUCCUUUUACUCUUGCCAUUGCCAAAGAAUCCAAAAGGCGAAAACGAUCAGUCAGGAGCAAACGCAACAUAGCUUCUCUUGGCAAAGCCGCACUGAAUCUACAAAGCGGCUCAUUUUCUGGUUUCUUACUAAAUACCGUAUCUGAAGGCCUCUUAGGCAUCCUGGGAAUAGGAGACAAUGCAGGCAGUAGCAGCAACGCAACUCAAUCGCAAGAUGUCAAUGAGUGGAGGGAUAUGGAGGUCACAAAUGAUGAUAUUACUGUUCUUCUCCUUGAAGAUCUGCGUUUUUUGAGAUCUUUCAAGUUUGUGAUUCACGACUUUGAAAAAUAUGUGCUGAAUUGUUUGGACAAAGAUAGGAAAAUGACCAUUGCCGAGCACAAGUUCUGUAACAUCAAAUCCAAGAGCUUAGACAAGCGUGAUCAUGAAAGCAAUCCGGGUCCUGAAAGUGGUGCGAUAGCGAAAAUAUCCCGCACGUUCUCAUUUACAGCACUUGUUAUCUACACUCUGUUUCUUGUAUGCACAUUUUAUUAAAAUAAUGAAAUUAUGAAAUUCUAAACUUGAUUUAUGUAAUGUUUUUAAAAUAAAAUUCCUCUUUUCUCUCUAUAUUAAAUCGCUAUAUAUCAAAUCAAAUAUAAACAUUUGAUUUGAUAUAUAAAUUAGGUAACUUUAAGCUAACAUCACCCUUACAGCGAAUUGUUUACCUUAUUUACAUUUGACGGAUAUUUGUCCUGAUCUUGUUUGUUGUUAACACAACGUUUCGGCUUAUAUACCCUCCAGCCUUCAUCAGGUCUGAGUCUCUACAUAUACACAGGGAAGUUAAAUAAUGUAAAUAUGGUAAAUAAUGUACAUAAUUAAAACGUAAGUUUUAAUUCUUACACUUCAAUAAAAUAUAAUUUUUA